GAGGUUCCAAAACAAUUUCGGUCAGUGGUAAAAAUGCCUGAAUUAAAAUUAAUUGCAAAAGUAAAUAACCAUGCGCAAUUCAAAGUGAGCCGCACUAAAUUAGCACGGGCAUUGCAGCUGCUCGAAAAACCAGUAAACAAUAAAGACUCCACAGCUAUGAAUUUGAAGUGUAGUGAGCACAUUCUAAACCAGGUAUUGUUCAAGCCGCACUGUUCACGGACAUCUAAAAAACAAAGGUGGCAAGAGUUGUUUCGGACUGUGGUUACCCGGCACGAAUGGGAUACUUUCGUUCGAGCUCUUCGAUUGUCCUCGCAAUGGCUCACGUUUGGUGGAUUACAACUCUUAUUGCGUAACACCUUUUUUGGUAUCCUCACUCAUCCAAUGUACAGGGACCCUCAAACACUGCGGUUAUUCUUAUACGCAAUGUCGCCCUGCCGCAACGAGAAAGAUAUUGAAUUUUGCAUUCAAACCAUCCUGCAAGCCUUCAACGGUGAACAAACGACAGUAGCGAAGAAGAAAAUUGAUAAACCGGUCAUCCGAUCGACGGAAGAAGUGAAGCAGGAUGAGGAGCAAAACAAUCUCGACCUUGAAUAAAUCUGUUGUUUUUUUGUGCUGAACCAGCAGAGAAGUCGGUGUAGCUGUCAACUGAUGCUAUAUUACACCGCAAAGUCGGAAUGGUUUGAAUGUUGAUUGAAUAAAGGAAAUUAUUAAGUUAAAGUA